UAUUUAAUAUAUUUGAACAAUACCAUUUUGUUUGGCAUCAACUAAUUUAUUAUAUUUUGUAUUUUUCUAACAUCUAACAAUUAAAUUAUUCUCUUCUAUAAUGGCAUCUCUUCAUGUCCCGAAUCCUGGAAUUGAAGAACACCAUUUUAUUUUCCAUCAAAAGUCAAAAGAAGAACCAUUUUUCCAAGCAUGGUGAGGAAGAGUAACAGCAGCAGCCAAGAUCCAAUCCUUGGCAUCCCUCUCCUUCAAGAAGCUACAGGAUGUGCAACGAUGUCAAGUGCAGUGUUCAACAUUUCGACGACAAUGGUGGGCGCCGGGAUUAUGUCAGUUCCGGCCACGAUGAAGACGCUAGGGGUCAUUCCCGGCUUGAUAGCGAUUUUAGUUGUUGGGUUUUUCACGGAGGUGACGGUGGAGUUCUUAUUGAGGUUCACUCAGUCUGGAAAGUGCAGCACCUAUGGUGGGUUAAUGGCCGAGUCGUUUGGACAGUUUGGGUCUGUUGCAGUGCAGAUUUGUGUCAUGGUUACCAAUCUUGGUUGCCUCAUGAUUUAUCUGAUUAUUCUUGGGGAUGUUCUUUGUGGAAAUCGAUCUGGAGAAAGCAUACAUACAGGAAUUUUACAAGAAUUUUUUGGAAUUCAUUGGUGGAGCUCAAGAGCUUUUGUGAUUCUCCUUGUUGUUCUCUUUGUUAUGCUUCCAUUGGCCUUGUUACGCCAAGUGGACUCGCUGAGGCAUAGUUCAGCAGUGUCCAUAGGACUUGCGAUAGUGUUUGUUGUGAUAAGCUCAGUAAUGGCAAUUCAUGCUCUAUGGACUGGAAAAACACAGAAUCCAAGACUAAUACCAGACUUUACCAAAGUCUCAGUGCUUGAUCUUUUCACAACAAUUCCGAUUUUCGUCACAGGCUUCGGAUUUCAUGUCGUGGUUCACCCAAUAAAGGCAGAGCUUCAGAAGUCAUCUGAUAUGAGCUUAGCUGUUAGAAUUUCCUUACUCAUCUGCAUUACAAUAUACUUCACUAUUGGCUUUUUCGGUUACUUGCUCUUCGGUGAUGCCAUCAUGCCCGAUAUGCUGGUGAAUUUCGAUCAGAAUUCAGAUUCAUCCAUCGGCCUAGUAAUCAAUGACAUAGUUCGUUUGAGCUACGCGAUCCAUCUAGCGUUGGUUUUCCCCCUUAUGAACUAUUCUUUAAGGGCAAAUGUUGAUGAGUUUCUCUUCCCAAAGAAGCCUGCUUUGGCAUUAGACACCAUCAGAUUUGUGUCCUUAACUUGUGGUUUGCUUACAAUUACUUACAUAGUAGCUGUUGCCCUCCCAAACAUUUGGUAUUUUUUCCAGUUCAUGGGAUCCACAACCAUUGUUUGCCUCUCAUUUAUAUUUCCUGCUGCAAUUGUUUUAAGGGAUGUACAUGGAAUAUCAACAAAGAAAGAUAAGGUUGUUGCAAUACUAGUGAUUAUCUUGGCUGUGAUGACAAGUGCAGUUGCAAUUUACACAAGCUUGCUGAGUUGACUGGAAAAAGAAAGUCCAAAUUAGCAAUUAGCUAAUUAAAUCAAGAUGACUUAUUUCAAAUCGAGAUAUGUAAAUUAUUUCGGAUACGAUCUUCGAUAAUUGAGUUAAUUUUCUUCUUUUUCUUUAUCCUUUGUACAAAUUGUAUCGAUGAUUUCGGAUUCAAUGAAUCGAUAAAAGAUGAAUAGUAUUUUGCACUUUA